AUUUCCGCUUACCUCGCACUGACAGCCUGUCUCCAGUGAGACACUGUACCGUCAAAGACGUUAGGUCAGAGUUCACUAAUGAUCACCGGUGUAUGAUCCGACUCGACCCUUUUAUCACACCGAGUCACACCGAGUUCCUCUUCGUCGCGGCUCGCGAGGUCUGACGAUGGAGCCGUCACGCCGGAAGCAAUCGGAGAUCUACUCCACGGUGGUGAUCCACGGUGAUGAUUCCGAUCAGGAGGAGGACGAUGAGUCUUUACCGCCUCUCCUGCAGCGUGUUCCCAAGGAUUUUGGGGCGGCCAUCGAUGAUGACGAUGAUGGAGACUCAUCGGUUUCUGGAACCGUUGUUGUCCGUCGAGACCGGCGAGCUAUGCGGUCCCCCUUCCUGGAUAUCCAGCGUGUGAGCCCGCGGGCGAGAUCGGACGCGGAGGAUGCGUACUCGACCUUUGUUGUAAGACCUUCGGCGACGGAGGAGUCGAUCUCGGGUACCUUCAUUAGGAGGACGGGGGGUGGCGGUGGGUUUGGGUCUGCGAUCAGUGGUGGUGAGUUAGGGUUAUGGUUUGGUCAGGGGCUUGGAGAGGAGACGAGACAAAGGCAGCGUAAGGCGUCGGUGAGCUCAGUGCCGGAGAGUGUUACCAGGGAGGAUCCGUCUACAAAGUAUGAGCUGCUUCAUGAACUUGGUAAAGGAUCAUAUGGAUCUGUUUAUAAAGCUAGGGACAUAAAGACUUCCGAGCUUGUUGCUAUCAAAGUGAUAACCAUGAGCGAAGGGGAAGAGGGGUAUGAAGAAAUCCGAGGAGAAAUUGAAAUGCUGCAGCAAUGUAGUCAUCCCAAUGUGGUACGGUACUUUGCAAGCUACCAAGGAGAAGAGUAUCUCUGGAUAGUUAUGGAGUACUGUGGGGGUGGAAGUGUUGCUGACUUGAUGAAUAUCACUGAGGAGCCUUUAGGAGAAUCCCAAAUUGCAUAUAUUUGCAGAGAAGCUUUGAAGGGUCUUUCUUACUUGCACUCAAUAUUUAAAGUUCAUAGAGAUAUAAAAGGUGGCAAUAUUUUGCUUACUGAACAGGGAGAGGUAAAGUUGGGUGAUUUUGGUGUUGCUGCACAGCUGACUAGAACCAUGUCUAAACGUAACACGUUCAUCGGUACUCCUCAUUGGAUGGCUCCAGAAGUUAUACAAGAAAGUCGUUAUGAUGGAAAGGUUGAUGUGUGGGCUCUUGGUGUUUCAGCAAUUGAAAUGGCAGAGGGAUUGCCGCCAAGAUCUACUGUACAUCCGAUGAGGGUGUUGUUUAUGAUAUCCAGUGAGCCUGCUCCAAUGCUUGAAGAUAAAGAAAAAUGGUCUCUACUUUUUCAUGAUUUUGUGGCCAAAUGUUUGACAAAGGACCCACGGCUGCGCCCGACUGCUCCUGAAAUGCUUAAGCAUAAGUUUAUUGAAAAAUGUGAUUGGGGAGCAGCAAAAAUGUUGCCAAAGAUAAAGAAGGCAAGGCAUAUCAGAACAGCAUUGGCGGCACAAGCACAAGCACAGGCACAAGCUCAACUUUCAGAGGGUGACUCAGCAGUCAGCCCAGUUGAGCAAGCAUGGGCUAUUAGUGUGAAUGAAAACUAUGGGGACACUGUUCCAUCAAAACCCCUGAAGCGUCCUUUUCAUGGAGCGUUAGCUGAGGUGCCCGAGGACAGUAGUUCAGGAAAGCAUCCAAUGCCCAACUGGGCUGAACAUAGUGCAGGUGACUUUGGGACUGUUAUAGUUCACCCUGAAGUUGGAGUUACUAUUGAUGAUAUUCAAACACCUAUGUCCAGUACAAAAGAAUCCUUGCCAGGACAAAUUGAUGUGAGAAGUUCUCUGCAAGAUAUGGGAGCCAAAGACAUUAAUUUCACGGUGGGCAGUAGAACUGGUACUUUGAUCAAUAAGAAUUUAGAUAUAGAUUCAAAGCCUGAACCAGCAGGAUUGCCAGAACAGGGCAUCAAUUCCCAGUCUCAGGGGCAAGGUCUUAAAUCUGGACAAAAUGAUGGCACAAGCACGCUGAAGAGUGGUACUACUAGCUGCAAAUUUUUUGCAGUGCAAGAUAAGCUCAGGUCUGUAUAUGCUGCUGGUAGUACUGUGCCUGUACCAUUUCUGAAGGCCAUAGACAUUUCUCCUUUAGCUCUCGUGUCAGAUAACUUCACCGGCGAAGUACCAGGAACUAGUGAUGAUGCUGCUCUAGAAGCAGUGAAGGAGCUCCUCAGUGGUGAUGGACAAACAAAGAAAGGACGGAGAGGCCAAAAUGAGGUACAACUACCUCCUGGAGUAUAUCAGAGACUAACAUCAAGUCCAACACUAAUGAAUUUAGCUCAGGCUUUGGCUUACCAUAAAAUGUGCUACGAGGACAUGCCUCUGCAAGAGCUGCAACCAACUCAAGAGCAACAAACCAUUCAAAAUCUUUGUGAUACUCUUCGAACCAUUUUACGGUUGUAAGUCUUGAUCAAUAUGAACAUCUACGAUGUUUUGGAUCUCUUUAGAACUCUUAUUCUCUUAUCCGCCCAUUUUUCAGUGGGUUUUAUUUCCUGCUGUUGCAAAUUUUCGGGCUUAAUCUUCAUAUGGAACAAAAAAAAAUAAAUAAUAAUUGUAUGAUGUACAACUAAUUUUUCGUCUUUUCAAGAUGAUAUGUAAUUAUGACGACCUCACUCGCUAUGAAGGUAAUGAGUUUUUUA